AUGUCUCGUCCUCACAGUCAACUUCAGAAACAGGUUUUGAAGCUUUACAAGGAUUACAUGACAGCUCUUCGGCCCGGAGGCAAAGUGAAGAUUGAAGAAUCGACAAAAGCGCAAAUUCGACUGGUAGUGAGAGACGAGUUCCGUAAAAACGCGGUGGUCCUUAGGAAGACGCACUUUGUUCGAAUCGAGACCCUAGUGAGACAAGGAAGACGUCUUCUGGAAGACCUUGAGGCAGGCAGAAUUUCAUCUAUAACAACGAAUUGCGGUCUGUUGUCGGCCUUUGGUUAUGGGUCCGUUGCUGUACCCCAGCAUGGCCGUAGUACUACAAACUCUCAGUUAGAUUUUGUUCUUAUCGUAGAGGAUCCGUUAAAAUGGCACACUGCUAAUUUAGCACUUAAUCCCAAUCACUACAGCAGUCUGGCCUCGAUUUGUGGCGGUGCCCUCCUUAAGUAUGUUGUCAGUGUGUGUCCUCCUCCUGCCGUUUACUACAACCCUCUAGUAACCUGGCAUGAUUGCACUGGUGCAUUUCCCCCUCAAGUUAUAAAGUAUGGAGUCGUUGGUUAUGAGUCUCUCAUUUCUGACCUCAACUCCUGGUGCGAUUUGUAUAUCGCGGGCCGCCUUCAUAAACCGGUUGUCUUCGUGCCUCAGUGUGAACCUCCGCCAAAACUAGCUCUCUCUUUACUUGCGAAUCUUCGCUCGGCUUUGGCGUUUUCCUUACUUCAGCUUGAUCUACCUCUCCUAAAUGAGGAUUCCUUGUACUACUCUAUCGCGUCCAUUUCAUAUCGUGGCGAUUGGCGUCUAUAUUUUGGUGAAGAUAAGAGGAAAAUCGAGCGUUUAAUCACCGGUGAACCUCGUCGACGUAGUUUUCGCAAGCUUUAUCUCCCGCUCCUCACUAGCAGUCCCUUUCGAGACCUGUUCACUGUCGAGGUGCCAAGCAAUCUGAGGACGGAUAUUCAUAUCUUUCCGCUGCAGGAAAGCCAGAUUGUGAGACAGCUUCUUGAAUGUUUGCCUGUUUCGCUUUGUCACUUGGCUGUUCGUGGAGCCGAAGCAUCAGCAUAUUACCAAUUGUCUACGAUGACCGCUAGAGAAAGGCGAAUGCGACUGAAGCAUGCUGCUGCUUCUAUUGUUCGGCGGUCCAGUUAUCGACAAACUGCGCUGGGCCUGUUCUCAGCAGGUCUUUCUCGUUCCAUUAUUUAUUCCUUCGCGAAAUUUCGCAAGAUGUUAGCUAGUCUCAGUUCCUGA